AUGGACACAAACAUGUAUUAUGGAGAUCCAGAGAAGAUUAAUAAUUAUCAAGAAUGCGUCAAAGCAAUAAACAAACUUCCAGAAAUUAAAUUGAGCCAGAGCGACUUCGAUGAAAUAGCAGUACUUGGAAAUAGUGUAGUGCAGAACUUUGGAGAACUUGAAGGUGUUGUUAAAAAAGUAGUUGACAAGUGUGCAGGUAGAGAUUCUAACGAAACACUUGAGAUCUUGAUUUACUUCUUACGGUGUUUAAUUUCGUCAUCCCAUUUACUUAAAACUGACCCUAAAACAGCGUUCUACAGUGGAUUUAUGUUGUCUGAACUUUCAUACAAAUGCAAGGCGUUUAGAGAUAUAGUCCAACUGAUACUACGAAGUGUCUCUCCAUGUUUAAAUUCGGUCUAUGUGAAAAACGGGGGAAACGAUUAUAAGAUAGUGAUGGGGUAUUUGAGUGACGAGAACGAGUUAGAGUACGUCGAGCGGAUUGAGAAGAUAUUUAGAAUAUACUUGUGCUUCAUGAUGAGCGAAGCGGGGAACGUUGAGUCGAUAUUUGAUGUUAUGAUGACUUCAAUGUACAUGGUUUAUGAUAACAAGAUAAAAGUUGGAGUGAACGUAGAUGUCUUUGGGGUGAUGCUAGACGCGUUUUUUGAUAUGUGUUACGAUCGGUUAAAACAUUUAGAACUGAUGAACUCUUUAAUUGAGACGUUUAAAGACUAUUUUGAAGUCAUGAAAACCGUUUGGGGGACGGAAGGAAACGACAAACAAAAGAUGCUGACUCGACGACUUGCUUCGAUUUUAAAGAAGAUCGAGCAGAAUAAAGUCGUGAACGAAAAGUCGUUAGCUCUUGAAGAAGAAUAUAAGAAGUACUUGGAAACAAACAAUAGACAGCCACGGGUGUGGGAAAAGACAAUCGACAUUUAUGGUAAGUAA